AUGGCCUCGAUGCGGAUGUCAAGCCCAGUUUCCGGCGCAAUCCGAGCUGUAUCAAGUCGCACGUCCGCUGUCUGGAGACAGAAAUGUCUAUAUCACUCGUACGAUUACGCCCAGCCGCCACCAUUUCCGCCUGCUGAAUCUGCGAUUCUGUCUGCAGCCUAUGCACAUGUUCCGAGCCAUGGCUUCACAAUGGACGCGCUGAAGCUUGGUGCGCGCGAUGCAGGCUAUCUGGAUGCUUCGACAAAUUUGCUGCCACAGGGCGUGUUUGAUCUCGUCCAUUAUCACUUGGUUACACAACGACUGGCACUGCAGCACCGUGUACAAUUCCCCGAUGAGAGCACAACAACAGGGAAGAAGAUGGGCGUGGGAAGCAAAGUGCGCACUUUGACUCUGGCGCGGCUGCGGGCGAACGAACCGAUCCUACAUCGAUGGCAAGAGGCACUUGCGAUUAUGGCCCAGCCAACGUACGUACCCGCCUCGAUAAAGGAGUUGGCCAUUCUCGCAGACGAAAUCUGGUUUUUAUCAGGUGACCAGAGCGUCGACAGCAGCUGGUACAGCAAACGAGCCACGCUGUCUGCCCUGUAUUCGUCUACUGAGGUCUACAUGACCCAAGACCAGUCUCCCAACUUCGCCGAGACGGAACAAUUCCUGGACAAUCGACUGGCAGACCUUGUGAAGAUUGGAGGCUUCCUGGGAGGAGUGAGUGAAUGGCUCGAUUAUACAGGCCAUUCUACGAUCAAUGUGCUGAGGAGCAAGGUCAAACUCGAUACAGUUCAGCGUUCUACGGGGCUUAUCAUGUUCGGAAUGCAGGUCCGGCCGUCAAGCCUACCAGACUGCACACUCCGCCGCUUGGAUGUCAAGGCUGUGACUGGCAAUGUUUCCAAGCACACACGAUCCGAGGACGUGUCGACGAACAAGACUAAGGCCGCAGACCCUGAGGACAAGGACUCGCACGCUGAAAAGGGGGCCUGCGAUCUCGAUGGCCCGAAACGGACAGGGACAAGCAACGCACUUUUGCGUGCCGCCGGGGCAGCUUCAAGUGAUGUGCAAACAGCAAGUAAAGUCGGAGAGGCCCUUGGUUCAGCUCUAGAGGCGUGGGGAGAGGGUGGGUUCUCGAAGUGGGCUGAUUUGAGCAGAGAGCGAGCGGCAGGCGGGCGGCAGUACUGGGUCGUGUUGAGCUGGUGGCUGCGAUCACCGAUGAUGGGAAGGAUCGAACCAUGGAACAAGAGACAUUGCAGAGAGUGGACGAUGGGGCCUGGGCCGGCAGACACGGCCGUUUCGUUUGUGGGUGUUUUUGCCUUUCUGGCCCAGGGUAAAGCAAGAGGUGUGAGUGGUGAGCAGGUGAGAGUGGAGCACUGGGUGGCACCUUCCGAUCCUCAGGACCCUUCUUGGCGGCUGCCCAAAUCGAAGUCAUCGAGCUCAUCGAGCUCAUCGAGCCCAUCGAGCCCGCACACCCACGGCAACCGUUCGAAUGGUGUCCACUGCCCACGAUGGGCUCGACCUUCAGCGCCGCCUUUCGACAUGCCCAUGCCCAUGCCCAUGCCCGCCACCACUCCAGGCGGAGACGUAUCCGCAACUCUCCACCAACUAUUGUACCUGCACCCACCACUACCACCACCACUCGCACCUGCACCUGCACCUGCACCCACCAGUCUUGUUAGCACCGCCAGCACCGCCAGCACCGCCGAAAAUAUCUAG